UCUUGCGAGAGAAAAAUCAUACGCUCAUUACCAGAGCAAUUAUUUCUUCUCGAACCUCGAAGAAGCUUUUCCCUGCGUUGGCGUUUGAUAAAUUGUGCACUCGCAAUAUCGAAGUGAGACUCGUUAUAAUAGAUUGUAAUAGAUUAGAGAAACAGAGGUGAUUAGAGAGAUGUCCAGUGAAUAUUUCGUGGAACGAGCGAGGCUCGAGUGUUCAAGAAUGUAACACAGUAGUCAGUGUCAAGUCAGUAAACUAUUCUAAUUUGAAAACUAGUGGAAUUUACUUUAUUUUAGAUCGGGCAAAAGCACCAGCAGACAAAGAUAGAUAACGAGGAGCAAUCGAUAUGUUUAUCGCUUCUUGACACUUAAAGAUCUUCGAGGAAUAGUUGUUUCAUGACAUUUCUGUUUACACUGCGGUCGUAAUUAUGCACAAUUCCACUAGUGAUAAGACAAGGAAUCUGUAUCUUAUCUUUUCCUCAGGUGAUUUGUCCUUGAGUCGGUAUUAUGUACAAUUCCAUAGAAUUUGCUGUUGGAUUUCACGAAUACUGGAGAGUUUGGAGAGUUUUUUGACAGCGAGAUGCCGUCUACGUGUGGAGAUAUCCAGGAAGUGUCUGCACUUGGUGUGCACACAAACGUCAUCGACGCAGCUUCAACGACUGACAGUGUGGGAACCCAUAGCGAUUUGUCAUGCAACACAACCAUCUCCGGGCGUCCUCGCAUCCAGGUGGUCUGCAUUUUGGAUCUUCAGCAGUCCGAGCAGCUAGUGCAGCGAAAACGAGCACUCGACGAGAUAAAACAAGCUUGCACCCUGGUGAACGCCAAUUUAAAUCAUGUACAAUUUGAGAAACUAGACUUUGGUGAGACAAAUGUUCUGGAUACAUUUUACAACGCAGAUGUGGCUGUUGUGGAUCUCUCACUCCAGCUCCAGCAGUCGGCGUUAUUUUAUCAUCUCGGGGUGCGCGAGUCCUUCGGAAUGAAGGAGAAUAUUCUCCUGUACAAUGACGUGGACAGCGAAGCAACGAUCAGGCUGAAAUUGUCCUGUGGUAGUUACACGUUUGUAUCGUACAGGGUUCUAGAAUGUGGAACGUGUGUCACGACGACUCUAGCAGCCAGAGGAGGAGAGGAAUCGAUCGACCCUAAGCAGCAUCUCACCUUGAAAUUGAAGAAACUCCUGCAGGACGUGGAGGUGCAAUCUAAGGCGCACAUGAAAGAAAAAUUUCUGGGAGACCUGCGAAAGGCUCGGGAAAUAUAUUCAGGCGACGAGCUGGCAAAAAUUCUCAACAACAUGAGAAAACGCCUAGACGACCCCAACGUCCUCUCAGGUGAGGUGAUUCUCAAUAUGCUCAUAUCCUUCCGGGAUAUUCAGGGGUACGACGCCAUGGUGCAACUUGUCGACGAUCUCAGGACGAUUCCUAAUCACAAAAGCUACAUCAAUACUCCAAUGAUUAUCUAUCUCUAUGGAUUCGCCCUGACCAGGAGAAAUAGAGAGGGGGAUCGAGAGAAAGCAGUGAGGGUAAUCGAGAAAGCCCUUGCCAAAAAGGAAAACCAUGUGCCUGACAUGCUCUGCCUCUGUGGAAGAAUUUACAAGGAUCAAUUCGUUGAGAGUCGACACACUGAUCAAGAGACCUUGAAGAAUGCCAUUCACUGGUACAGGAAGGGCUUCGAGGUUCAGCCGAAUGAAUAUGCUGGAGUGAACCUGGCGACACUUCUGGUGAUAGCUGGAAAUGAAUUCUCGAAGAGCGAGGAGUUGCAGCACAUCGGCAUGGUUCUGAAUAAUUUAAUAGGGAAAAAGGGAAGCUUGUCAAGUCUCAAGGAGUACUGGGAUGUGGCCACGUUCUUCGAAAUUUCUGUCCUCGCAGAGGACUAUUCCAAGGCCAUCCAGGCAGCCGAGUGUAUGUUCAAAUUGAAGCCACCGAAUUGGUACCUGAAAUCGACCAUCGGGAAUAUUUCUCUCAUAGAUAGAUUCAGGAAAAAGAACGAGGAGGCUGAGGCCUCUCCAGAGGAGCAGGUCUUCAGCUUCUGGAUGGAUUAUUUUGUUGAGGCUACUAAAUCGGAGGUGGGAGAUAAUAUCAGGUUUCCUCUGUUGAUCCUCGAACCCACGAAGAUCCUGAUGCCAAGUUAUGUUAAUGUUAACCUUGGGGCAGAGGAAAAAUCCAUUCAGAUAUGGAACUUGUGUCUGGACAGCAUGAAAAAUAAUUGCAAGCAAGUUCACGACUGGCUGUUCACUGCUAAUAUGAUCAGAAGUGUCAGUCUCUACAAGAGGGAUGAGAGGUGCUUGUUCCUCUACGUUCACCAGAAUUCCGACGAUUUCCAGAUGUUCUUCCCCUCGGACCACUGCAGACAGAGAUUUUACGAUCUCGUUCUGGAGAUGACGGCCGACGAAGAAGGCAUGGUUACGGAUUUGGACGCGUACAUGACUGACGACCAGAUAAAGUAUGAGUACGAACUCGAUGAUCAGAGCAAGAGAAUAAUCUUGGGCAAAGGCACUUAUGGGGUGGUAUUUGCAGCGAGAGAUCUGCACACUCAGGUAAGAAUUGCGGUGAAGGAGAUCAGGGAGAGAAACCUGGGGGACGUUCAGCCUCUGCACGAAGAAAUCAAAUUGCACAGCCAGCUGAGGCACAGAAAUAUCGUGCAGUAUUUGGGAUCGGUCAGUGAGGAUGGCUUUUUCAAAAUUUUUAUGGAACAAGUGCCUGGGGGCAGUCUCUCCGCGUUGCUGAGAUCCAAAUGGGGUCCACUCAAAGAAAAUGAGUCCACUAUUUCUUAUUAUACCAAACAAAUUCUCGAGGGGCUGAAGUAUCUGCACGAUCAGAAAAUUGUUCAUCGCGAUAUCAAAGGUGACAAUGUGUUAGUGAAUACAUAUAGUGGAGUUGUCAAAAUAUCAGACUUCGGUAUGUCCAAGAGAUUGGCUGGAUUGUGCCCCAGUACAGAGACUUUCACUGGUACACUGCAGUACAUGGCACCAGAGGUCAUCGACAAGGGGCAACGAGGCUACGGUGCAGCGGCGGAUAUUUGGUCGUUGGGUUGCACAAUCGUGGAAAUGGCAACGGGUAAACCACCGUUCAUUGAACUUGGCUCCCCCCAGGCUGCAGUAUUCAAAGUCGGAUAUUACAAAAUCCAUCCAGAAAUUCCCUCGGAAUUAUCAGAACGUGCUAAGAGUUUUAUAUUGCGGUGUUUCGAGCCGAAUCCAGACGUGAGAGCGGCUGCUUCAGUUCUCCUGGAGGAUCCAUUUUUAACAGAAAAGAAAAAGAGCUCUCGCCUGGCAGCUCCACCCGACUUCAGUCGCAGUAUUUCAGUGCCAAGCGAUCGAAUCGAGCGUCUCGGAAAAUGUGACAAAACGAAUAAUAAUCACAUUGUCUCAACACCUGGAAUUCAGACGUCACAAUCCGAUGACAGCGGAGCGUUGACGAAAUCAAGUCCACUGAGAGACCGUAGCCCAGCCCAUCUGCUGUCACCAAUCAGUAUGCCAACUGCCUGCUUAUCUUUCAACAGUACAAUUGGAAGUACCCCAUCAAUAGAUAUAAGUGAAACAGACACAGCCGGCUGUUCAAUGACACGAAGAAGUUCCUCCGGAGGACUGCUCUCCCCCGAGGUAGAAAUAACAGGACAAUCGGGUCCGAAAUCGGGCGAAGAACAGGAGGGCUUUUAUCUGCUAAAAAAAGACAGUCAACGCCGCAUGACCCUGACUCGAGUCCUUAGUCAGGACGAAGUGACAAUUUGCGAGGUUUGGUUGCGAAAUAUUCAUAAAGAUGUGGGGCAAACAGUCCUGCUAAUGCCACAUCUGGAGCUACUCAUGCGUGGAAUACGCGAUUACAUAUGGGAUCAAAAUCAGGAGGCCAUUGCAGCGGCAUUCAGAACCCUCAAGGAGGAUCUUGAGUUCGAUUCAACCACAAUAAAUCACCUCCAUCUCGCUAUCUAUCUAUUUCAAACAGCAGUUAACGAGGUACUGAGAAUGCAUAGCAUUAAACCCCAUUGGAUGUUUGCAUUGGAUAAUCUAGUCAGAAAUGCUGUCCAAGCUGCUAUCACUGUCCUAUCGCCAGAGCUCGGUGCAGGUUUAAUUGAGCAAGAGCGUGCUCAAGCUGGUGCCGAUUGCCCCGAAGAGGGCUCCACAUCAGGAGUAUCUACUGUCAAUUCAAUAAAGUCCCAGAAAAUGGUGGACUCCAUCGACAAUAAAUAUUGGAGAGAAUAUCGAGAUCAAAUGGGCUCCCUCAAGAUGGAAAAUAUGAGACUGUUGCAGGAAUUACUGGACAGCCAAAAAACUUUUCACUCAAUCUUACAGCAGGCCCUCGAGGAGCAAAGGGCACAGGUGGGAACUCUGACCCAAUUGUGCGAGGACAUCAAUCGAAAAUUUAUGAGGCAAGAGUCUGGGUAUAAUUCGAGUAUAUGCGGGACAGCCCCGUCGCCACAGCCACCUUUGGUACCUCAAAUUAGCGUGACAGACCACAACAACGCAUCAAAUACAGACCGCAGACUGACAGAGUGGCUCCAAGGUCUGGGUGUAGACGACGCUUCGAUUGACAGGUUUAUUUAUGAGGAGUACUCGCUCGAGGAUGUAUUGUUCCACAUGUCGCGAGAUGAUUUGAGGAAAUUGAACCUCAGGGGAGGUGUGGAGCUGAGGAUAUGGAUGGCCAUAAUGCAGACAAGAUAAUCAUUUUUUUUCCCCUUUUUAUUUAACAAAGUUCGUUUAAAUCGUUGAGUAAUCGUGCUUUUGUACAGUAUAUUACCAUUUCUUUUGGAUGAAUAAGAUUUUUGAGUUUAUUGUACGGAAAUCGAGGAACGUAAAGAUCGACAUUGUGUUGAAAAUUAUUUGAUUUAUCCCAGCAGAAACGAAAAUAACAUGAGGAAUGCUGUCAUUAGCUGAAUAGAGAUUUUCAUAAAACUAAUAUUUGAUUGAGAAAUAUAAAAGAUCUUUGCGUUCAUUAAUCGGCUCUAUUAAAGUUGAAUACGAGAUAUUUAAUUCGAGAUAUUACCAUUCAAUGUGAUAAAGUCAAGUACGCACAAUGUUCAAGUGCCUUUCAAUCUAUUUUUCCAGCUAACUCGAGAUUUAUUGAUAUGUUAUAUUUGAACCGUCUUCCUGCAAAUGUACAAAUGACCGAGAGAAAUAUUUACCAUAAAGUUGAUUAUUUACAAAGUAAA